UGCGCACGGCAAGUUCCGCUUUCCACCAUCAUUUUCUCAGGCAUCGACAUCACACCUCGAGCCAUCAAACCACAACCCCCCAGCCCGCAUUCCCACCCACAGCGCCGCUCCAUCACGGCCGCCGCCACUGCAGCCUCCGCACCCGCAAGCAUCCGCCCCUCCACCCCGCCGUCGACGCUUCCCCGGGCCUUCUCCGCAGCCGACCCAUCACCUCAUCCCUCCCUCCCUCCUCCCAUCUCUAGCCGGCAGAGCACCACCCACGCCAGGCUCCAUCGCCCUCUUUCACCAGCCCCCCGCACCCUUUAGCCGCGAACAUGGCUGGAAUCAGGAAGAGAUCGACUAAUCUCGCACGGCGCCGCGCGCUGGACGAUGAAGAGAAGCGGUCGGUGGCGACCGAGGGAGCAGACGACUCGCAGAGCGAUAUCUCGGUGCCCAGCGACGUCGACGAGACCGCCGACGCAGACAACAGCGACCUGAGCGAGGUGGACAGCUCUGCUUCGCUGACGGAGGGGAAGGCCAAGCGGAAGGCCCACGUCUCACGAGAUGCAAAAUCACGGACAGACGUCACCAGCCGCCGGUUGCCCUCCCCGCCCAUUGCCCGGUCUGACGCGACCUUUACGGCGUCGAGGGACACAGAGAUGAUGAUGAACGGCCUGACAAUAUCAGACAAUGCGGCGGUUAACGAGGUAGUCGACUUCGAGACUGGAAAUGCUGUCGAGCCGGCCCCCGUAGCUGGCACUCCAUCCGGACGGCCUGAGACAUUUGCAGAGCGCAAGCGGCGAGAGCACGAAGAGUACAAGAAGAAGAGGGACUCUGAUCCGGCCUUCAUCCCGAACCGCGGCGCCUUCUUCAUGCACGACCAGCGAUCCGCACCCGCCCAGAACGGCUUUAGGCAGUUUGGUGCUCGGGGCGGGCGAGGCGGUGUUGGAGGGCCAUAUUCACCAGCAAACAUUCGGAGAAACGGGCCUGAAGCCACCGACUCCCCUUGGCAGCAUGACCUGCACGAGACCAUCAACGACACUCCCUCGCAGCCCCAGCCAUCCCACCUUCAGUCCGCUCCUACGAGUGCGCCAGUGCAGCAGCCAGCGCCAUCGACACAGCCGCCCGCUAGGGCACCCGCCCUGCCGUGCCUGCCUACCCCGAAACCGCCCCAGACCCGCAACUUCUCCACGACAGUGCAUACGCAUAAUGCGCUUGUGCGCGUGUUCCUUCCCGGCAUGAAGGCCCCGAUCCUCUUCCAGAACGUGCCCAUCAAGCAACACACGCGCCUGCCGAACCACCGUCCGCCCCUCCGCCGCGAUAAGCCCGUCCGCAUCUCGCUUCCGCCAUCGGCGCCACGAUACAUCUUCCCCACUGUUGAGCGAUCCUUCAUCUUCAUCCCGAGAGCACUUCGACCCAACCAGCAAGGAUUCGGCCGGGGCCGUGGACGAGGUUUCGGCUCCUUUGGCGGCGGCUUCUCGAGCAGGCGAACGAGUGCAUACGGCGGCAGCGUCUACUCUCCCAGCGUGGCCAUGAGCAGGCGGUCCUCAAUGGCUCGAGAGAUGGGCCGCGACGGUCUGGUGUCGCCCGCGGGGUCUGUUAUGUCUCGACCCGGCGGCUUGAUUGAUCCCUCUCGCCCAGUGGUUCGACUGCCGCCCGGUGGCCCGAGACUCCCAUCAGGCCCGGCUGUCAUCUCGCCCCAGAGUGCUACACCUGCCGGCGGUUUCCAGCAACCCUAUCCUCUCCCCCAGAAGCCCACAUUCCGGGAGAACUGGCAAGGUCAGCUACCCAUGCACCAGCCACGUCCACAAAAAGCCGUGUCUGUUGCUGGCAUCGAAUCACCCGCCUCCAUGACAUUCAACCCUCCACAGCAGCAGGAGCAACAGCCUUUCCAUCAGCAGAUCCCUAUCCACGCCAACGGCAACGCGCCAUCAGCCGAACCGCAAGCUUUCUACCCCCAUGCCCGCCAACCCUCGUACCCCGCUCAGACUUCGACCGGAACUCCUCUGUCAAACAUACCCGAGCGAGCGAUCCAUGCCCCCGCCUUUCAACCCUUCCAGCCCGGAUACCAGGCCCAAGGCUUCGCGAUGCCGCAGGGCUACUACUAUCCGCAGAACGGUGCUCAACCCCAGUUCAUGGCUCCUGGCGGCAUGGUGCCCAUGUUCGUUCCUGGCGCCCAGCAAAACGGCUACGUGCUCCCUAUGGCUCCCCCUGCCGUUUCUGCUCCUCCUCCGUCCACAGGACAGCCCAACAUGGUCGCGUACGAGAGCAACGGUAUGACGUACUACGUGGAUCCCUCGCAACUAUACGCAUCCCCCAUGGAAGGUUACCCACAGGCCAAUUAUGCGGUACCCGGAAUGGGCGGUAUGAUGACUCCUGGCCCAGACGGCGCCUACUAUUAUCCACAACAAAUGCAGCCCACCGCUUUCUACCAACCCCAGUAGUACUCGAGGGCCCAACUUCCACUUACUAUCCCCUACUCCAUUGCCUCGGCCACUGAGAUCCCGACGCAAAAGAUGUUGAGCGUAACGAGGCCGUUGCCCCGCUAUUGCCCUGUUUUGUUUAGUUCCCGUUCUACCUGCCCUGCACUGGCAAGCGUGGGGUGUUCCUCAGCGAGGUCCUUUUACCCCUUUUCGGAUACAUUAUUGGCGUUUCGGCAAACGGAUAUAGGAGGCGUGUCAUUUCAUCCGCCCGUUCACACGGGCAAUCGGUAAAACACAUUUAAUCACGGGAACACGAGGAGGCAGGCCCGGCUUAUCACGGAGCAGGAUUCCUCCCUGUACUUUC